AUGUAUGGCUACCAGGUUGUAUGUGUACCAGGUUGUAGUAGUACCAGAUUAAACAAGUGCCUAAAUGAGCGCCGUAGACGUGACCAAGAGAAUCACUAUUUUGAGGAGCUUGCGGAGAUUAUUACAGCGAGCUUAACGGAUAUGUCGAGUACAUUCUCCGUGAAACCCGAGAAGUGUGCAAUCCUUCAGGAGACUGUCAAACAAAUUAAACAAAUCAAACAAGGAAAUUCUGGGGGCGGGGAUUCGGCAGUACAACAGAGUCAAGUGUCAUCGAGUAAACCUGCCAUCUUAGCAGACGACAUCUUAGGACCUUUGCUUUUAGAGGCUUUGGAUGGGUUCUUAUUUGUUGUGAAUUCACAAGGAAAAGUUGAAUUUGUGUCUGACAACGUAACCCAGUUUAUAAAAUAUUCACAGGAUGAUCUAAUUGGCAAAAGUGUUUACAAUAUAAUCCAUGUAGGAGACCAUGCUCAGUUCAGCAACAACCUUCUUCCUAUGUCAGUCAGUAGUGGCAUUGGAGGAAUAAGUUGGCCGUCGGACAAUCUUGGUGGAAAAGGUCGUGUAUUCAAUUGUCGGCUGCUUAUUAAACCUUCAUGCAAUGAUAACGAUGAUUUGGAAACCAAACAAACAUACGUCCAUCAGUACGAAAGCUUGCAAAUUUCAUCCAUUCUACACCCAUUUGAUACGUUCAUUGAAAACUCGGAGAAUAAUGACACGAGCUCCAGUCUAGUGUGUAUCGCACGUAGACUCCCUCUUGCUGAGAAGACAAAUACAAUGCUUGGAGUGGAACAGUUUACUACAAAGCAGGAUUUAAAUGGAAAAAUAAUUGGCUGUGAUAUCAGUGGAAUAGCCCCAGGGCGAUUUAGCUGUCCGGACUUUGUUGGUCAGAAUAUUCAAGAGUUUUGUCAUGCUAAUGAUUUGCAACAAUUGUCCAAACAUUUACAAGAAGCUGUUAAUAAUGGAAGUAACACAAGCGGUGUGUACCGCUUUAAAAUGCAGGAAAGCCGCUAUGCCUUUGUUCAGACUAAGAGCAAGUUGUUCCAGAAUGCCAUCAAUGGAUCAUCAGAGUUUAUUAUGUCCACUCACUCAAUUAUCAGGGAAUGCGAUUCUGACAAUGAACUCAAAGGUUCAGCUUCUACAAGUCUUAUGAAAUCAAUCAUCGGACCUAGAAUACAACAGACACUUCUAAAAGCUCAGACACCUAUAUCAAAUGUGAACACAUCCAUGGCCAAUAUGGCUUUAGUUGGAAAUAACAUUAUGCCGGGUUUAAACUCGGCAAACUUAUUCGGAGUGAAAGACAAUAGUAGUGAUGACUUUUUCAACCAGCUUGGCUGGGACGGAAAUUUAUCGGACUCCUCAGUGAGCAGUACGGGAAAUUCACAUAUGAAUUCGACUUACCAAAGUGUUGCAAAUACAUCUACCUCGUCUUUUUCAAAUUCGUGGAGUUCGUCGCAAGUGAAGUUGUCGCAAGUUCAGCAGCAGUUGCAGCGAAGCUUGUCCACGUCGUCGCAGCGUAGCCAGGUUACGAAUAGUAACAAUAUGACUGGCUCGGGAAACAAACGACCAAGUGUGCUCUUGGGGCAACUUGGCCAAAGGAGUUCAAGUCUUGACCUUGGACAGAUGCAGGGUCAAUCCCCGAUUCCACAACCUCAAAAGAGUCCAAGUUACACGCAGAGUAGAAAUGGGGGAUUUCAAAUUCCCGCUCAGAGAGGUGUAAUGGGAUAUAAUAGACGUAGUCCCGCUGCGUCACCUGUACCUAGUAUGGGGCAGGGUAACUUUAGUACCCCAUUCUCUCCACGGACCCCAUCUCCAAUGCUCUCUCCUUCACCAGGUAUGCCAGCAUCAGGUUGGGGGCACCAGCCAAUGACCAGUAGUGCCGGACAAUCCGGGGGUCACCAGCUGUUCGAUGACCAAUCAUCAUACACGCACGAGCGUCUUCUGCAGCAUCUUACCGGGCUUGAGAGUAUUACUGGUGACAAAAAAAUCAAACGCUCAGGAAAACUCUGUCAGUUGCUCACUCAUAAUAGUCCUCCAUCCAGUUCAAGGAAGUCGGAGCCCGGAACACCGAAAAGUGGGCGGAGUCGGCAUAACAGUCGACAAGGGUACAUGGAGAUGUCGCCCGCUGACAGUAUACAAUCGCCUCAACCCGGACCUGGUCAGAGCCCGCCCGAGAAGCCACAGAGCACAUCUAAUGACGACGGGGAACACGUCGUUCAUACAGACCAUAAGGACACAAAUCCUUUGUUAAAAUCGUUACUUAGUCAAGAGGACGGUACUGAUGACGGAUCAGUCAAGGAAGACAACUCUUCAGUGAAAAAUGAGCAGACGGCAGAGGCACAAGCUGUGAAGACUGCUAGCACGGUGGAGAUGGAGAAAAAUGAGGCUGAGGCUAAAAAGCCGAGUAACAUUUUGUUAAAGGUAAAUAGCAAAUAUCAAGAGAGUACAAGUAUCGAUUCAGAACUUGCCCGCCAACGGCACCAGUCAGGCCCUCAGGAGCCUCAGUCAACUACAACUCACUCAUUACCCAUGCCUCCCCUUUCCUCACCCCUCACAUCACCUGUGAUGCAAAACUUUAAUAAGUCACAGAAUAGUCAUGUAGAUUCCUCACUAUUGAAAGGAUUGUUUAACUCUAGUUCUAGCUUGGGUCAUAAUCUGGUGACUAAUACAAACUCGAGUGCCUUUGCCUCGAUGAAUGGCUCCAUUGACAAUAGGGCAUCUAAUGCGGCAGGGGCGAGUGAAGGGGUAGCAGUGUCACGCGAGAAAAAAAUCGAUAAACUAUUGCAUUUAUUGUGGGAGGAUAAUUCGAACGACGGGGCAAGAGAGACAAUGCGCGAACGAAUUCAGAGUUUAAAACGGAAAGCAGACAUGUUAGAGAGUGAUACAGAACAAAAUAGUGCAUUAUCGGGGGGAUUGUCAUCCUCCCAAUCAUCAAAACUCAGUAAGGAGAAUGCUUUACUAACUCAGCUUUUGUCUAAAAAGGCCAACAAUGAUAUUGUUGUGAAUACUUUAAGUACGAUACAGCCAUCUGGUAUACCACAACAAAGAAUUCCACAAAAUAUCGCGUCGAAACUUUUAAAAGUGAAUCCCUCGUCAUUCAUUUCCGCAAGUAGCGGGAGUGAAGCGAAGAGAGCACGUACGGAUAGUGGGAACAAUAACCAGUUGUCGACUUUGGAGCGUGCUUUAAGUGCGCCGAAACAAGACAUUAAUACAAUCUCUUCUACUCAAUCGUUCGAUGCCAUGAUGGAGAUUGGACAGAAUUCAAAUUCGGGAAUUUUAUUCUACAAAACUACUAUAAAAAAGGGCAGUGGUAGUAGUUGGGGGCCCCAAUAUAACCGAAGUGGGAAACUAGAGACAAUACUGAACCCCUUGUCGCCUUUAGAUUUUUCAAAAAAAGGCCCCCAAAACGUUCAGCAGGGUAUUACAUUGGGAUCUUUUCCAGAGUCGAAUCAAAAUGUUAAGCCGGAACCUGUCGGACUGGUGAACAAUAGUGCUCAAUCUUUGUCCAGUCACCCAAGUUUGAAUAACAAUUCCUACCAGAAAAAUAACAACAACAUAAACUCUGAUAUUUUACAACAGUUGGAGCAGGCCCUUAAUGAAUCCAAUUUUAACCUCGAUUUAUUGCUUGGCAACAGUAACGUGUCAAGCAUGGAUGAACAGGUUGCCAUUGACGCUAUUCAGAAGCAGUUGAUGAUGGAUAUGCCUGUGUUAUCAACAGGGGUGUCGGCAUCUAAUGUACAGACACCUAGUUUAGACAGUGGACGUGUUCAGGCCAGGUUUAGUCAGAAUAUUCCGGUACCCAAUCAAUCAACCGGUUCCCAAAUUCAGCAAAAUAUGAUAGGGAAUCAGUUAUCGGAGCGAAAUCAGGUUGCACCCAGUGGGUUUCAAAAUCUUGGGUCUCUGCGUCAAGGUAUGGGUGUUCCUAAUAGACCCCAUCAGCAACUGCCUGGGUAUAACCAGGCAACCCCAACAGGGCAAAAUUAUCCUGGACAGGGGCCAAGACUUCCUCAUCCACAAGGUGCCUUACCAUCUCCAACACAACAACAACAACAACAGAGGCCAAUGUUUGCUAACUCGAAUCCCAAUUCUACGGCCAUGCAGGUACGACAAUCACUGCUUCAACAGCAAAAGUUAAAACAAAUGCGGGAACGGAACAAACAUGUACAACAACAGCAAGAUAGACAGAAAUUGUUGAUGCAGCAACAACAACAACAACAGCAACAACGUUCACAGUUCAGUCCGCAGUAUUCAGGUCAAAGGGGACCACAGGACAAUCUAUCUAUGGGAGGUAAUAAUGUAAUGCCGCCGUUUCCAAUGGAAAACCUGUCGGAGCUCAUGAAUAGUGGGACGGCACCGAACGUUACCCUUCAGCGGAACCAGAUCCCAGGUCCAAUGUCGCCGCGAUAUCAGACAUUACCAGGUCAGCCGGCCCAGAAUCCCAACAUGGGUUCAAUGAUGCCACCAAAUCCGCAGCUGUCUCCGAACUUUAAUCAGGCUCAGCAGCAGCAGCAGCAACAACAGUGGAAUAUUAGGCCAGGGCCGACCAGUAUGGCUAUAUCCCCGCAGAAAUCUCAGAAUCAAGGGAGCGGCCAGCUGGGUUUGAAUUCACACAGUAUGGACAUUGAUCUGACAAGUUUGUUCGACAGCAGUAAAAAGCCAAUAGAUGUGCCAUUAAGUGUCAACACUCCCGGCCCUCCAAAGACAAUCAAGGAAGAAUUGCGCAAUUUUUGUAAUGCAAGAUCUCAGAACAGCCUUCAAGGUCAAAGUUCACUCCAAAACAGCUUGCAUGGUCAGAAUUCACUGCAGAGCAGUCUUCAAGGUCAAAGUUCUCUUCAGAGCAGUCUCCAAGGUCAAAGUUCACUUCAAAAUAGUCUUCAGGGUCAAAAUUCACUACAAAAUCAAAACUUCAUACAGAAUCAGGUGUCAAUGCAUAAUUCUCUGCAAGGUCACAUGAUGUCGGCGCACCAAUCACAUCAAGUGCAGCAGACACAACAGUUCAUGUCAUCUGUGCAGCAGACGCAGCAGCAUCAGUCAAUGGAACAAGACACAAUGUCUGAACUACCACUGGAUAUUUUAGAACAGAUUAAUGAGAUGACACAAGAUCAUGGCAUUAGUCAGCCUGACUUUAAAGAAGAAGUGAUUGUGCCAAAGAAAAGAGAAGAAGCAAAAAGCAGAUACGUUAAGUUUCAGCAACUGGCCAAUUCAGCAGAUCCUGAUAGUAAGGCAACGAGUUUGUUCCGGAAGCAGUUGACGUCUCAGGGUGCUGAUAGAGCAACCUCGGCUUCCGCGGACACGAGCACCUCAACAUUCAAUGAUCCUCAUUCGUCUGUUAAUGUUGUACAAAAUGAACCAAGGACACCUAUAGAAGAAAUCAAGCCAGCCAAUCAGAAGGACAGUUUAUUGCAGCAGUUAUUGUCAGAUUGAUGAAGGCUUAUUAUUUAGGGAUGUAAAUAUUUUUCAUACAUUUUCUUCAUCAGAAGUUUAAAGAAGUGUACCUCAGUUCAGGGGAGAGUAUCUUUUACUGCCCCCACUCUGCAGGAUUUUUUUUUAAGAAAAAAGGGGAAGUUACUCCAAUAGGAUUGGAUAAAGUUACUCUGAAGCUCCCAUUUUAAGAAUGGAGAGUAUUCCUCAUAAAAGAGAACCUGGAACUCUCCUUUCAGGGAGUUUAUUUUGAACAGACUCUUCAAUAGAGAAGUCACAUUUUAGUGCUCAAUUGGAUUAUCUCGGGUAUGUUUUGCUGACUACAGAUAUUGUGUAGAGAAACAAAAGCAAUUAAGUGUUUUACAAAAGUAUUAGAUUUUUCUUUCCUAGAAAUAACUUGUGCUAAAGCACAAAGUGGAAAUCAAGAAAAAUAGUGGAAGGAAGGGAGUUUGUGUUGCAUUGUGAAAGAAAGGGGUUGGUGAAAAAACAGAAUUAAAAAAGAAAUACUUUGUGCAAAAGUUGAUUGUUAACAAAGAGAUUAGUGAAUGGAUUAGUGAAGGACUAAGAAUGUGAUCAAGACUUAAUGCUCGAAAGAAAUACUUUGUUUUUUUCUUCUGUUAAAAGCAACUUUUCGUUAAGCUGCAAGUGCUUUUCAAACAGCUGUGAUAUUUUGUGAAGUGAAAGUAGAUUGAAAGUUGCCAUGGUGACUACUUGUUACUGGCUACGCUGUUGCGAGAAUCGUCUCCCUUGAGAAAACUGACCAUGUACGGGUUUUCUGUAAUAAUGACACAAACAUCUUGUGAAGACUUUGUUGAUAAAGUGUAAAAUAUAUACAGAGAAAAAAAGACAAAAGCUGUUCGAUAUUUAUUUUUCCUCGAUUUUAAGGAAAAUGUUCGGAAAGCUUACACUUGCGCAUGAAACUGUUUUGGAUUUAAAACUCACUGUGCCACAAUGGAAUUUGAUUAUUAUAAAGUAUGUUUUGAUCUCAAAAUAUAUAUCUUUACAGAGAUAGACAUGAUCUCUAUGGAGAGGGUUGGAUUUUUGAUAUCGACAAAGCUUCACAUAUUUUAAUAUAAAUGAAUUUUUUAAGGAUAUCUAUUAAAGUAUAAUUAUAAAGAUUAUGAAAUUUCUGCACUUUUUGUUAAGUGUUUUGUUAGUGAUUUGUGCUACAAAUAUGAGUUCUAUGUGAUUAAUGCUUAGUGGAGUGGUAGUUGCUAGGCAUUGUGUCAGGUGAUUGUUGCCAGGCAUUAUGUUUUAUGACAGUUGCUAGGUAUAUUGUCAAUAUUAGUCCUCUUACAGUUGCUAGGCAUUGUGACUGGGAAUUUUGUCAGGUGACAGUUGCUAGGUAUUGUUCCAGGUGACAGGUUCUAAGCAUUGUGUCAGGUGACAGUCGCUAGGCAGUGUGUCAGGUUACAGUUGCCUUACAUUAUAUAAGGUGACAGUUGCCUGACAUUAUGUGAGGUGACAGUUGCUAGGCACUGUGUCAGGUGACUGUUGCUAGGCAUUGUGUCAGGUGACAGUUGCCUGACGUGAGGUGACAGUUGCUAGGCAAUAUGUCAGGUGACAGUUGCUAUGCAUUGUGUCAGGUGACAGUUGCUAGGCAUUGUGUCAGGUGACUGUUGCUAGGCAUUAUGUCAGGUGACAGUUGCCUGACAUGUGAGGUGACACUUGCUAGGCAUUAUGUUAGGUGACAGUUGCUAGGCAUUAUGUCAGGUGACAGUUGCGAGGCAUUAUGUCAGGUGACAGUUGCUAGGCAUUAUGUUAGGUUACAGUUGCUAAGCAUUAUGUCAGGUGACAAUUGCUAGGAAUUGUGUCAGGUGACAGUUGCUAGGCAUUAUGUCAGAUGACAGUUGCUAGGCAUUAUGUCAGGUGACAGUUGCUAGGCAUUGUGUCAGGUGACAGUUGCUAUACAUUAUGUCAGGUGGCAGUUGCUAGGCAUUGUGUCAGGUGACAGUUGCAAGGCAUUAUGUCAGGUGACAGUUGCUAGACAUUAUGUCGGGUGACAGUUGCUAGGCAAUUGAUAAGGCAACUGUUGCUAGGCAAUGCAUCCAGUGACAAUUAUUAGACAAUUAUUAGUAUUGUUUCUAGGCAUUUAAUCAAGUCAAAUUUACUUGAAAUCAAGUAUUGAAUUUGCUCAGAAUUUGUUCUAUGAAGAGAUUUUUUCAUGAUUUGUUGACCUGUGUUAUUUUUUCUCCUUUUUUUUUUUUGUUAAAUGAUAUAUCAUUGUUAAGGCUCCCAACAGUGAUAUUUGACAGAUCUAUGAUGCAGUUUACAAUAAAUAUCUAAGUGGUUUACUUCAUGUUAUUCAGGCAAUAGAGAUACCCGGGAACUUAGCAAAUUUGUUUGUUUUUUCCCCAUCUAAUUCAAGGGUACAAACUUUUAGAGUUACACCUCAGUAAAUAUAUCAGUUAUAAAUGAUAAACAUUGAUGUCUUUAUUGUGAAUGGUAAAACAUCUUAAAGCUAUAAUGACAGUUUACCUUGAAGCUAUAAUGGUGUAGCCCGAUUGAUAUAAUGAUCUGCAUCUGAAAGGCAAUAUCAAGAGAUAAAUUUUUUUAAAUAAUAUCAAAAAUUUUAUCAAGCUAUAAAAUAACUUUUUGCGAUAUAUAUUAUUUCGAUUCUAACACAAAAUCAACAUAUGUAUGCUGCCAUACCUGAUAAAAAGCUGGAUUAAGUCUGAAUUGUUUCAGUACUUAUUUUCAGUGUGUCACACUUUUAAUGGUUAUGCACAUGUCUAAAAAUAGAUUGUCAACAGUGAUUUUAUUGCAUAUUUACACACACAUUUGGUUUUUCUAUGUUCAAUAGGGAAGAAUAUGGAUCAUGUUAGAAUUUUCAUUUUGGUUUCCCUAAAUUGGAUAUUGUACAGCUUCCAAGAAUUGAAACUAGUUUAAGAAGGCAAUUUUAAGAAAUUUGUCAGGUAAAAACUUGAUGUUUUCUACUUGAAAUACAACUUUUAACUUUGCUUCAGUUUCAAGAAUAUGAUGUCAGUAUAUGUAGUUAUUUUUAGUUUUCAGAAUGUGCUUUUGCAAUUCGUUUGAUUUAUUGCUUAAGUGUAGAAGUGUUGUUUUUUUUUCUUCAUUUUUCAUGCACUGAAAUACCUCACCAGAUACUUAGAACAGCCUUUUGGCAAUAGCCAGUGUUUAAACAGGUCAAGGUCAGGCCAAAUGAGAUUUUUUUUUAGUCGUGAAAUUCGGUAAAUUUUGAUGAAAAAAAAAAGCAAAACCCACACUUUAUAUAAUUUGCCACAUCAGCCAAAUUAUGAAAUUAUUUACAGUCUAUCUGUCUUUGGAAACUUUUGGAUCUCAUUUAAGGAAAAUAUGCAUUUAGACUUUUAAGAACAGCUCUUUUUACCAGACUUAUUUAAAAGCAAGUGAAAUAAUGAAAUACACAGAAUUGUCAAAAUGUGACUUAUUUUUUUUUUUGUGUCAAGUAUUUUUUGUUUUAGAAAUACAGCAUCCAAUAAAAUUACGGGGUAUCCUAUAUUCAACAGUUGAGUUCAUUUGGCCUUUUCCAUGUAACAUCAAUGAUAAAACCAUUACCAACAGCAGUAUAUGACCGUAUUCCACCAAUGAAGCUGAAAGAGUCUUGCUAAAACGCUCCUGAUAGUUGAACAAUGUUAUUUGAACUUGUCAGAUAUAUAAUAUAAGGUCGAGCUUUGUAUUUUCUCCCUAUGAUUUGAAUAUAGAUAAGAUUAACCAAAUAUUUAACAUCAGACAGAUACAGAACGGGGAAAUAUCUAGACUGGAAAUAUCUGGACACAUACACACAGGGAGAAAUCAUACUACACUUGCCUUACAGCUAGUCCUAUAUAGUUUUCUCUAGCUGUGAACCCUGUCAAAUAUAUUUCAGCAUUGUUCAGUUGAUUGUUACCUAUAAAUAGUGAGUAAGGAAUAUUGCGCAUGUUAUGUCGAAUGGACUUAAAAAAUAAGAUUUGAGGGGCGUCCGUGGCCGAGUGGUUAAGGUCGUUGACUUCAAACCACUUGCCCCUCACCGCUGUGGGUUAAAAUCCGGACAUGGACUUUGGAUUCAUCCAUGUGAGGAAGCUAUCCAGUUAGCUUACUAGUUGGUGGUUCUACUCAGGUGCCCGUUUGUGCCUGAAAUAAUGCACGGAAUAAAGCUGGAACGUUGCAAUAUGACCUAUAAUGUGUCAAUGUGACAUAAAACCAAAAACAAACAAA